UCAUUCCAGUAUAAUCCGCAAAACAGUAAGAACAAAAAGCACGCGAACACCCUACCGCCACAUAGUUCCAAACCCACAGCCACCAGCCAGCCGCAACCCAGUGAUCAUCAUCAUCAUCAUCAUCAUCAGCAGCAGCAGCAGCAGCAGCGGCGGCGCCGUCGUCUCCACUCUGCAGCAAUGGCAGAAGUGACUCCACUUGAUAUUGCGGAGGAGAUUCGUUCGUUACAGCUUGACUCAGCAGCAUCAGAGGUAAAUGGGGUGAUUAAUCCAGAAGAUGCAAAGCCAGAAGAAGUUGAGGAGGUGGAUAAAAUGGAGGAAGGUUGGUGAUUCAAAUGAUAAUGUCACCAUAAGCACUCAGGAAAUGCAGGCUGAGACAUCCAAAGUGAAAGAUAAGGAAGUACCUGUAUCAGAAGAUGUGGGAGCUCCGGUUGAGAUGGAAGAAGACAAUAAGAAGCGACACUUAAAUGUUGUUUUUAUCGGUCAUGUUGAUGCUGGUAAGUCCACCACUGGGGGCCAGAUACUCUUUCUUAGUGGACAGGUGGAUGAUCGCACAAUCCAGAAAUAUGAGAAAGAAGCUAAGGAAAAAAGUAGAGAAAGUUGGUAUAUGGCUUAUAUUAUGGACACCAAUGAGGAGGAGAGGGUUAAGGGCAAAACAGUUGAAGUUGGAAGAGCGUACUUUGAAACAGAGACAUCAAGAUUUACAAUUUUAGAUGCACCGGGCCACAAGAGUUAUGUUCCAAAUAUGAUUAGUGGAGCAUCUCAGGCUGAUAUUGGUGUGCUAGUUAUUUCUGCUCGGAAAGGAGAAUUUGAAACUGGCUAUGAGAGAGGAGGGCAGACCCGUGAGCAUGUUCAACUUGCAAAGACCUUGGGAGUGUCUAAGCUGCUUGUUGUUGUGAAUAAAAUGGAUGAUCCAACUGUGAACUGGUCAAAAGAAAGGUAUGAUGAGAUCGAAUCAAAGAUGGUACCUUUUCUCAAGCUUUCUGGCUACAAUGUGAAGAAAGAUGUCCAAUUCCUACCAAUAUCUGGUCUGCUUGGCACCAACAUGAAAACAAGAAUGGGUAAGGCUAUAUGUCCAUGGUGGAAUGGCCCAUGCCUUUUUGAGGCCCUUGAUGCUAUUGAAGUUCCUCCACGAGAUCCAAAGGGUCCUUUUAGGAUGCCUAUUAUUGACAAAUUUAAGGACAUGGGAACUGUUGUUAUGGGCAAAGUAGAGUCUGGUAGUGUGACAGAGGGUGAUUCCUUGUUGGUCAUGCCAAACAAGACUGUGGUGAAAGUUCUUGCUGUAUAUUGCGAUGAAAACAAGGUAAGAUGUGCAGGACCAGGAGAAAAUGUACGGGUUAGAUUAUCUGGAAUUGAUGAUGAGGAUAUAUUGUCUGGUUUUGUGCUUUCAAGUGUUGCAAGGCCAAUCACUGCAGUUACAGAGUUUGAUGCACAGUUGCAAAUCCUUGAACUAGUGGAUAAUGCAAUUUUUACAGCUGGCUACAAGGCUGUCUUGCACAUACAUGCUGUUGUUGAGGAGUGUGAGAUUGUUCAGCUGCUGCAGCAAAUUGAUCCAAAGACAAGGAAACCUAUGAAAAAGAAAGUCCUCUUUGUGAAGAAUGGUGCCAUAGUUGUCUGCCGUGUUCAGGUAAACAACUUGAUAUGCAUUGAGAAGUUUUCAGAUUUUGCACAACUCGGCAGGUUUACUCUUCGUACUGAGGGGAAAACAGUUGCAGUGGGAAAAGUCAUGGAACUUCCUUUGGGUUAUAAUUCUUAAAACAAUUUUGCAUUAAAGGCAAUCUGACAUCAAAAGGACAACUUUUGUGUAUUUCGGCAGCACACCUACAUGUGUUGGUUCGUAUAUUUGGGGGAAGGAGCUCCUUAAGUAGUUUUUGGAUGCUGGGUUAUGAGCAUGUGUUCCCGCGCCACCCCCCCCCACCCCCCCCCCCCCGUUCCAGAGCAUUGAUGCUUUAGAUGCUUAAGCAUAGAAUAUACCUGAUAUACCAAUGGCAUGCUCAUUGAUAAAUUUGUCUGUUGAAGUUUGUCCAGUGUGGGGUUUUUUCCUGACUUGAUUCCCAUAUAGCAGAACAUAUUAUUGAGUUAAUUACAUGUUUCCAGUGGGUGUUUUUUUC